GUGGGGAGUGCUGCUGGUAACCUGGCAGCCGCGGAGAGAGAGAAGAUUAUAAAUGCCAGAGCCAUUUAACUGAUGGAUAGCUGCUGAAUGCUGUCACUUCUUUAAAUACCUUCUUGCACCAACAUCAUCUCUGGGAGAAAUUCAGGAAAAGUAACAGAGGGAAGGAAAGAUCACAGUUACAUGUACCAUGGCUAUACCAAUAACAGUGCUUGACUGUGAUCUCUUGUUGUAUGGCCGAGGUCACCGGACAUUGGACCGCUUUAAGCUGGAUGAUGUGACAGAUGAAUACUUGAUGUCCAUGUAUGGGUUUCCUCGACAGUUCAUUUAUUACUUGGUUGAACUCUUAGGGGCAAGUCUUUCUAGACCUACUCAGAGAUCCCGAGCUAUUAGCCCAGAGACACAAAUCCUUGCAGCACUGGGCUUCUAUACGUCAGGUUCCUUCCAGACUCGGAUGGGAGACGCUAUUGGAAUCAGUCAGGCAUCUAUGAGUCGAUGUGUUGCCAAUGUCACUGAAGCACUUGUGGAAAGAGCCACACAGUUCAUUCGUUUUCCAGCUGAUGACGCCUCCAUGCAGGCUCUGAAGGAUGAAUUCUAUGGGUUGGCAGGGAUGCCAGGAGUGAUAGGGGUGGUUGACUGUAUCCAUGUGGCAAUCAAGGCACCAAAUGCUGAAGACCUCUCCUAUGUGAACCGCAAAGGUCUACAUUCUUUAAACUGUCUGAUGGUGUGUGACAUCAGAGGGGCACUGAUGACUGUGGAGACCACCUGGCCAGGUAGCCUACAGGACUAUGCUGUGCUGCAGCAAUCCUCCCUCAGUAGUCAGUUUGAAGCCGGGAUGCACAAAGAUAGCUGGCUGCUUGGUGACAAUUCCUUCUUUCUCCGUACUUGGCUCAUGACCCCCCUUCAUAUUCCUGAAACUCCAGCCGAAUAUCGCUACAAUAUGGCCCAUUCUGCAACCCACAGUGUGAUUGAGAAGACCUUCCGAACCCUCUGUUCCCGAUUCCGCUGCCUGGAUGGGUCCAAGGGGGCCCUGCAGUACUCACCAGAGAAGUCCAGCCACAUUAUCUUGGCUUGCUGUGUCCUCCACAACAUCUCCCUGGAGCAUGGGAUGGAUGUUUGGUCCUCUCCAAUGACAGGGCCCAUGGAGCAGCCCCCUGAGGAGGAGUAUGAGCACAUGGAGUCCCUGGACCUAGAGGCUGACCGAAUGCGUCAGGAGCUGAUGCUCACUCAUUUUAGCUAAUGUGAAAGCUGGUGGGGAAGUGGAGGGUGGGGUGGAGGGAAACUUUCCAGAAGGAGCUGGGACAAACUUUCCCCUUCACCACCCCAUACAGAGUCCCAUCAUCCAGCAUGACUAUGUGGACACUUGUCACAAAUUGAUACUUAAUCUGUGUAUUUUAGAAGGGCUAUGGCUAUGCCAGAAUAUCUUGAUAACACUUAAAAAUAUAUUAGCUAAACCAAAACCAAGACAACAGAUUCCUGCUAUCCGCUGAACUCCAGGGUGAGCACUACUCAUUCGAAAACUCACUAGUAGUAGACAUUUAUGAUUGUGCCUUCAAAAUCAAAGCAAAAGGGAAAAUGGCAGUCAGUCAGAUGUUUUAUGUUUGUUUUUUAAACUAUGCAGAGAUUUCAAAUGAAAGUGCUAUGUGUUUGUCCUGAAUUAUUAGAUGGAAUUAUUAGAUGGAACGUUCUACUUUGCUGCCUGCAUAGAGAUAAUUGAGGCAAGUGUGAAGAGUAGAUGUAAGUUAGGGGAAUGGUCUUCUGACAUAAAUGAGUGGCUACUAAUAUGAGUUUGCAACCUUGUGUUUUUAAAAGGAUGUUGGGGACAGUC